CAAAGGCAUCCCAAUACAUGAGCUACCCAUAAACAACAUGGCGGAUUGAGGAGAUUGUACGUUGUACGAUGGCCUGGGUUUACUUGAACAAAUUCUUUCUGUACAAGGGCUGGUCGUCUGCAGCAGCUCGCUGCAAAACAUGCCAGGUCAUCAGAUGGGCUCACCAGACGUGGAGUACAGUGUCCAGUGAUGCCACUCUUUUCCACCAUGACAGGAGAAAGUUUUUCAGGACUGUUGGGUUAGCGUCAACAAGUCAGUUCUUCUUCUGGGUCUAUCUGGCUCAUUUUCAAUACACGACAAGACCGCAGCUUGAGGCAAUGAAAGAGAAGGGGAAAAUAGACUUUACCCGGCCAAACAGUACAUUAUGGAGAAUUACUAAUUUCAUAGAGAAAAGCCCUGUUUUUCUCCCAGUGGUUGGUGUGUCUGUUGGGGUAUUUUUGUCUUUCACUGGCUGGUUCUACUGUUUGAGAAACAUCAACCGGAUUGCACUGUUGAAAGGCGGCGGAUCUCUUCGACUGGUUACUCAUACUCCUCUUGGAGGCACUCGUGAGAUUGUGACACCUAUACAUCAAGUGUCAAGUUUGGGAUCUAGAAUGGAUAACAAGUCGCAGAUAGCGAUCAAAGUCAAGGGCUACAGGUUUUUCUUCAUUCUGGAUAAGGAAGGAAGUUUUGUACAACCGUCUUUGUUUGACCGAAUAGUUGGCGUAAAGAGGAGUUUGUAAAACAAGAUGUAGAAAAAGGCCAGAUAGGCUUCAGAGAGAAAAACAGUAGUUCAGAUUGAUUUUAGCUAUAGUGAAUGGAGGGAAGGACUUGGUGCGUGAUUGUAAAAAGAGACAGUUUGAAAUUUCUUUAAGCAGUGAAAAUCGUUUAAUUUAAUGUAUUAAGAAACAGAGGCGAGUUAAAAAAAAAUUAAAAACAAAAUGAAAAUUGAA